CUCAAAUGGUGUGUGUGUAAUUAUGAAAUGGUUUUGUAUGUCGUAACUCGUUUCUUCGUACCAUCGCCACCACCAACAAAAAACUUACCCUUAACAAUCAAUCCCAUUCUCUCUGUCCCUUUCUUCUUAAUUCUCUCUCUUUUCCCCUUCUCUGCUUUCUCCUUCUUCUUCUUUCUACUUCUAGGGUUUCGCUCUUCAUUCUUCAUCCUUGGCCUUCUCUUCACCCUCUUUCAAUAUUCUUCAAAGUUUUUCAGGUUUGAAAAUUGAAAGGAUAGCUUGUUGACUUGUUGUUGGUUCACUCGCUUGUGCAGCUCCUAUCUUGUCCAUGAUGGAGUACUCUGUGGAUUUUCUCAGUUACCUUGAUUUGGACACUUCCCUCAAGAUACUGAUGUGUCUCGAUGAUCCCACUGACCUUGUUCGCGUGAGCUGUGUCUCACGGUCUUGGAGACACUAUGUUAUUGAAAAUGGUCUCUGUAAGCAGCUGUGCAUGAGAAUGUUUCCUCAAUUAUCUAGAUUUGAGCGUGUUGUUGAACUGAAUCAACAUGGAGCGAAGGAUCAUGCAGAGGUUGGAUCUAGCAGCUCCAUGGAAUGGCUAGCACUAGAGAGAGAACAUAGAGUCUAUGCCUACUUAGCUAGAGCUUCAACAGAAUACGUUGGCACGAACUGCAUUGCUAGGACAAUUGGUGCAUCUAGCACUGAUAAUUUCCCUCAAGAGAGCAUUGAUAACACUUUAGAGCCGCGAGACAACAUCUCUGGGAGAUAUUCAUAUUGGUCAAGUAGUGGACAAAGUAAUCCUGGGGUGCCCGAGACACUGACAUAUGAGUUGCUCUCUCAAAUUUGUGUCAUUUCCGAAAUUAAUAUACAGCCUUUCCAAGCUCACUUUCAGAUAGGUUCACCUAUAUAUUCGGCAAAAUCUGUUCGAUUUAAAAUGGGUCAUUGUAAAUCAUCGUUGGAUGCUUCAACUGAUGAUAACUUCGUAUGGACCUACACAUCACCUGUGUUUCCAAUGAGUCAGGAAAACCGGUUACAGAAGUUCAAGCUUCCGGAACCCGUGCUUUGUAUUGGUGGUAUCUUGCAGAUUGAGCUUUUGGGAAGGGUACAGAGGCAAGAAAUGGAUGGUCUACUAUAUAUUUGUGUUUCUUAUGUUCAAGUUGUGGGGUGCUCGUUAUCUCCAGCAUUCAAUGUUGAAAUACUGGAUCCCACUGGAAGGUUCUUGUUGAAAAGCGACCACCUGGCUAGGGGUCAAACCCUGAUGGCGUUUGAGAAUGAGCCAGCGGGAAUGUACGACAACUUCAUGGUGAGGGGACUGCGAGAUUUCCCACAGAUUGUGACUAUACUGCGGGGACAUAUGGGAGGGGUGGUUGUGGAAGAUGAUUGGGAUGGAGAUGAAUAUGAAGUCGAUGACAUUGAAGAAGAGUAUGCACUUUGAUCCUCCUUGGAACAAAUACUCCUAUGAUUUCUUCUUCUUCUUUUGUGUCUAACAAUCCCCUGCCAUAACAAAUAAGGAGAUGUGCAAAGAAUCAUAUUAUAGGUGAAGAUUGAAGAGUGAUUAUGGUGGCAUGGAAAACCCCUUUUUAUUUUCCACUGUUUCCCCUUUGUGUAAUCUUUUAUGUUCUGACUUGAGAAGCUACAGGUUUAUAUAAGUCUUUGCUUAAACUAAUUUUAUUACAGAAUUUUCUUUCA